AUGUUUGCCAACGGCCCCGAUCAGCAGUUCUACCAAACCCCAGCACCAUCACAACAGCAGCAGCAACCGGGCCAGAGCCAGCAGCAGCACCCGAGUGUGAUCGUACGCCAACCAGAACUCCCAGAUGAUCCGGACGAGACCGGCUAUGCGACUUCCUCCAGCUGCUAUGGUUUCACCUCGCCGGUGGUGCCGACCUAUUCUACCUAUCCGAUCCCGCUUCUGUUUCCUGACUGGAAUCAGUUUGGAAUGGGCUUCUGUAGACUCAACCACUUUGAAUUUUUAUGA